AUGUCGGUUGUUAAAGGAAUAGCUGCACCACUUGAAAAAUAUGACGGGUCCUCAUUACGUAUUCUAAUCGUACAUACACGUUGGAAUUCUUCAGUUGUAAACGAAAUAGUAAAAGGGACAAUUGACACAAUGACUAAGGAACAUUCGGUUAAAUCCGAGAAUAUUACUAUUCAAACGGUUGCGGGAGCAUUUGAAUUACCAUUUGCGACCCAACGUCUUAUCGCAGCAUCAAGACUUCAAGCUACUCCAAAUGCAGCAGAAUUAUUUUCAACACUAGGAGAGAAUACUGGACCUCCACCCAUUAACUCCCAGACUUUUGAUGCAGUUAUUUGUAUUGGAGUAUUGAUUAAAGGUUCUACAAUGCACUUUGAAUAUAUCUCAGAAGCUGUCAGUAAUGGUAUUAUGAGGGUCGGUUUGGAUUCUGGUAUUCCUUGUGUUUUUGGUGUUUUAUCUUGUUUAACCGAUGAACAAGCAUUGGAAAGAGCUGGUUUGGGUGUAAGUGAAAAAAAGCAUAAUCAUGGAAUUGAUUGGGGACACUGUGCUGUCGAAUUAGCCAUUAAAAAUCGUAGAUGGAUUACUGGUGAAAUUUGA